UCCAAGCAGAAACAAAGAAAGAUCGAAAGAAAGAAACCACACCACUCUCGGCGCUCUCUCGCCUCGAUCGAGCAACUUGUCGAGAUGGCCGGGAUCGUCGUGGUGUUCGACUUCGACAAGACGAUCAUCGACGUCGACAGCGACAACUGGGUGGUGGACGGGCUCGGCGCCACGGAGGAGUUCGAGCGGCUGCUGCCCACCAUGCCGUGGAACACCCUCAUGGACACCAUGAUGGGGGAGCUGCACGCGCGCGGGAAGACGGCGGGCGACGUCGCGGCGGUGCUCAGGGCGGCGCCGCUCGACCCGUGCGUCGUCGACGCCAUCAAGGCCUGCUACGGCCUCGGCUGCGACCUCAGGAUCCUCAGCGACGCCAACCGCUUCUUCAUCGAGACCAUCCUCGACCACCACGGCCUCGGCGGCUACUUCUCCGAGAUCAACACCAACCCGGGCGCCGUCGACGGCGACGGCCGCCUCCGCAUCGCGCCGUACCACGACUUCCACGCCGCCCCGCACGGGUGCGGCCUCGGCAUCUGCCCGCCCAACAUGUGCAAGGGCCAGGUGCUCGACCGCAUCCGCGCCUCCGCCGGCGCCGACAAGAGGGUCAUCUACCUCGGCGACGGCCGCGGCGACUACUGCCCGUCGCUGCGCCUCGGCCGGGGCGACUUCAUGAUGCCGCGCAAGGGGUUCCCCGUGUGGGACCUCAUCUGCGAGGACCCGUCGCUGCUCCAGGCGGAGGUGCACCCGUGGACCGACGGCCAGGAGAUGGAGGAGACGCUGCUGCGGCUGGUCGGCAGGGUGCUGCUCGAGGCGAGAAACCUGCCGGCGCUCGACUGCAAGCUCGAGUCCUUGCCGGCCGUCGCCGUGCAGGAUGGCAUGCCCAUGCCGCUCCGGAUCAAGAACUGACCAAUGGUGGCGACGAACGCAUCAUUUCGAGCGCGAACUGCUAGAUCGAACAAUGUGUGUGCGAGGCUUGUAAUACGACUAAAUUAACUAUUGACUGAUUUUUGCGCAUCGUGUGAUUGAGCCUGCGAUUAAUUAGUAAAGGCUCAUUGUAUCUUAUCCGAUCAAUCCAAGAAAAAUCAUUCCUGAAUUACUGAA